CCCUCUAAUAAUGAUGCCCGGAACCAGAGGUUUUUUUUUUUUUUUUUCUUUUAGGAACCAGAGGUUUGUUUUCUCUUCUUCGAUCUAGUGGCCGUCGAAGUCUCUACGUGCUCUGACUUACUUUGGUUGCUAUAUAAUCGCCGUAGAAGCGAUGGAGCCACCCCAAGAUGGGUCGUCUAAUUUCGCCAAAGAGCUUUACGAAGAAAGUUUUCAGCUUUCAAAACCUGGAACAGAAUCAUCUCUUUCUUUAGGUAAUCUUGAGAAUGACUAUGGAUCCUUUUAUGGAAGUUCAGAUGAAGAACCAAGUGAAGCUUACUCUAUGAAAAAGGAUACUGAGAACAGACGUGAAAAAUUCCACAUGCUUGGAUACCGUGAUGGGAUUUCUGCUGGACAAGAAGCUGCUGCGCAAGAAGGUUAUAACGUCGGCUAUAAGGAAUCAGUUCUUGCUGGCUACAAGUUUGGUAUUGUUCGAGGUGUUUCCAGUGCGCUGGCGUUUCUCCCAGAUGAGCUAAGAGAAAAGGUGAUCGAUGAACAAGAAACUCGAGACCAGUUUAAGAAAUUACAUAGUUCUGUGCAUGAUAUCUCAACUGAAACUGCAUUGAAACUGUUUUAUGGAGCUUUGACUACAAAGCAAGGGAAAGAGAAGAGUGGAGAAGAAGGGCCUGGCUCUAGUCUUGGUUCUGGUUCUGGAUCUGUUUCAGCCACAAAUGACUUGGGAAGCUAUAUUACAGAGCUAAGCUCUCUUCUUGACAAAUCUCCUAAGAUUAAAGUUAGAUUGGACGCAUAGACGAAAGAUAAGGAUGGAGGAAAAGGGUCUUGCUCUGGCCCUGAUUCUGGUUCUGGCACGACAAGCUACUUUCCAAGCUCUCUUCCGGACCAGUAUCUUAAGAUUGAGGAUGCGUAGAGGAGGCUUGUUACCUAAAGUUAUUGCCUAGCAGAAGUAUAGGGGAGGCGUGUUCCCGAUUCUGUUUUAUAUCUGAUUUUUUUCUAGAAAAAUAUUAAUAGCAAAAGAAAAAAUGUGACUGAAUUAAGCAUUGGCUUGGUGAUGUAGCAUCGUGAUAGCUUUAUCGGCACGCCACCAUCUUCGAUGAGUUUAAAAUUUCCUUUUCUUUCGUGUUUUGAUUUUACCUUUUUGUUCUUAGUUUUCUAUUUCCAUAAAGGAAAGUUAUCAUUAACUUAUGAUUUUAGAGAAUAAGAUUGGUAUUGAGAGAA